CAGUUUGAAUGCUGGUUCCCAUUCGAAGGCUUAGAGGAAAGUGCUGGAAUUUCAACGAAUCGGCAGCCCCAAGCUUUUAAUGCCUCGGGUCCUGAAAGUUCUCUCGAUGAAGAAGGCAUAUUUCUAUUGGAAGGAACGACGCGGAAAGAACUUGCGCUGCCAGAGAAUGUCAAAAGUUCCAUUCAGUCCAUUUCAUUCCGUUCAACAAGUGAUGUUGAGGAUAUUGUGAUUCAGUUUCAAGAAGCUCUGCAGUUGGAACCAGCAUCUUUAGAAAGUCCAGAGCCUGAGACGAAAAGUAUGAUUCGUGGCCUUGCCUUGAGAGCUAAAUCUGAGAAACGGGAUGAUUUGGUGAGACACUUGCGAGAGAUUACACCUGCUGGUACUACUGGGCCGUUGUUGAAUGAGGAUAUGUCAGUUGGUUGUAUGCCACAUAAGCAAUACAAGGAUUUGACGUUCAGCCUUUCGGUUCAAGGGAGGUGGAAACCGCUGGCAGAAAGGCUGGGUUUCUCCCAAAUCGAGAUGUGCUUUUUAGAUGAGAGAGUUGUGAAUCCUUCUGACGUUGUUCUUGGCGCUGUGGCAAAGCAUCGCCACCUGAGUGUUGGAGAAAUCUAUGACACAUUGGUGGACUGCGAGCUACCACUUAUUGCAGAUCUAAUGUAAAUGAACUAGAAUAUUAUGAACACCGGACAAAGGUGAGCGACACAGCAAGAAGCAGACGCGAAAAACAAGGUAGCAGCCGACGACUUAUUAGCAAAGCAUAUAUGGAAUAUUGUAUUUCCUGAAUUUUUCAUCGAAGUAUGAGAGCCCUAAUCUGUGUUAAGCAGCAUUCUAGCAGUUUUAGAGUCACUUACAAUCGCACUUAUAUAAGGUAAAAAGAAAAAAUGAUAGAUAGAAUUUGAAAUUAAGCCUUCGUUCAUCUAGUGGUCAGAUAACAAGCGUUCUUUUAUAAGUUUUCCAUUUGGAUGCUAUACUAGUUCUUUUUUUCUAAUAUUCGAACAGUUCUUUUAUUGAUUUCCAUAUGAAAGGUUUGUUAGAUGACAAAAAGUAGUAUCACGAUUUAAUCAAGCCUAAAAGCAGAGCUCCAGUUUUUUUUUUGUUAGUUUGUUGCUUUUUUUUGCCUUCAUUUAAUAUUUACGUAGAGGGUUUGGUUGGGGUAGUUUGUGAAGAAAAAAUUGAUAAUCCAGGGUAUUUUGUAGCAGUUAGAGGGUGGGAAUUGUUUCUUUACUCAAUGUAUAAGGGAUUUUGUACAUUAAUUCAUCGUAAAAUGAACUUAUAGGCCGUGUAAUGACGACUGGAUCAAAACAUAAAUAAAAACCCCGAGAGGAGGGCACUUUCAUUUUUCAACAAGUUCUGAAGCCCAAGUCUUAGUAAUUAUCAUUCAAAUACAAAAUCAUUUUGCAUUGUGGCAACAAAGAAUAUGUUUAAAAUAACUGAGAUCCCCAGAGCAUCUUGAUCUGAUUGGUCAAAAACCUAUUGUUUAUUGUAAAACCAUAAAAAAGUUGAAUCUUGUUUAGCUUGUUUUACAAAAGGAAUAGUAAAGACCGCACUUUCUAUCGGUUCACCGGCGUUGGGAUGUUGGUACGUCGAGGAAACAAGGAAUGUUGGGAGAACACUCGAAUAGGUUGUUAUACUCAUACGCCUCCGGAUCGUGAUGCACAAACUUAUUUAUCAUUCUCUCAAAUUCCGCCAGAGCUAUGACGCCGAUAAACUGAUAGAAAGUGUGUGGUCUACUCUCAUAAACAUGAAGCCAGUAUGGUUUGAUUUAGAGCAAUUAUUGUAUUUGAAACAUAAGAACUACGGCGAAGGACUAAGCCGGGUUGAUUUAUCUCAACUAACAGUGGUGGCCUUGGUUAGGGUGCGGCAGUCUUCCAAACUUUGGAGUCAUGACCUUUAAUCCAGUUUCAAAAAAAGUAUAUUUUCUUUGUUUUAUAGCUAGUUUAAUGAAAUUUUUAGAUGCACCAGUAAUUCUAAUUUGCCAUUUGUAGCGAACAACGAAUUUUUACAUGGUGAGCACAUGAUGAAAUAAUCCCGUUUUGCAUUACAUUUACCUCUUCAUGGCUAUGGUUUUGGUUCUAAUUUCUUUAUUUUUGAGUGUUUCGUGCGAGUAAGUUGUUACAACAUAAUAGCAGGGACUUACGAUACAGGGAAGGGAUAGGAUCUUUUGCUUAAGAGUUCGAAUAAAUAAGAUACAAGACUCGUUUAAAAUAUAGUCGUAACCAGUAAGUUUUUCCUUCUAUUCAGCAGCGAAAAACUUUCUGGAAGCGCGGAGUUCGAAUGAAGUGACAAGGUUUCCUUAAAAAUGUAACGUCUCUGUAUUGAUAUCCAGUUUUUAUAUUAUCUUGACAAAUUCACUGUUAGAAAACAAUGAUUUCGUAGUUA